AUGAGCACGGAAAAGCGUAUGUCAGUGUCUGUGACCAAUGCUGCCCGGAGGAUUUGCCUACCAGUAGACGGAAGUGCGCAUUCAAGCAAAGCCGUAGAGUGGUAUUUGGCAGAGCUAUACAAACCUGGAGACUUUAUCAUAUUUGUGCAUUCACUUGAGGCACCAAACCUACCAACGGUGACCGUUGGUGCUGGACUGUCUCUCCCGAUUGAUAGCUGGACAAAAGCCUUGCAAGAA